GAUAUAUUUUUAAUAAGUCGUUAUACAUGCCAUAUGCGAAACAUUUCCGAAAUAACCAAAACCUACCUAUGUAUGUACUUCAUUACAUAGGCACACCUAUUGGUAAAAGCCUCAGCCAUGUUCAACAAGCAAAUCAUAUUUUCACCCAUAUCUCGAUAAGAUAUUAUUUUCCACACACCAUGUUAUAAAAGCCGGAGCACACAGCCAAAGUUCUAUGAAUCAGUUGGACGACGUUGGAAACGUUUACCCAGCAUGAAAUACGCGACUCUAUUACUGAUCGGGCUGCUGCUGGCCACAGCUCUGCUCAGCGAGGCCCAGAAGCAGGCUGGCAAGACGAAGAACAAGUCCAAGUCGAAGAACAAGGUGAAGACAACCGUACCCCCACAGCUGGAAAGGCAGGCGCUUUUGAAGGCUGAGCCCUGCUCGGCGGCCAAGUGCAAAUUGCCCGAAUGCCGUUGUUCGGAUGCGAUAUUGCCUAGACCUAAAUUCAAGGGCAAGGAACAUGAGAUACCACAGUUCGUUACAAUCACCUUUGAUGACGGCGUGAACGCCGUGAACUAUGCCCAAUAUGAGCUGCUCUUUGAUGGUCUGAGAAAUCCCGAUGGCUGCGCGGCAACGGGCACCUUCUUCCUAUCGCACGAGUACACGGAUUACGUGCGAGUGAAUGCAUUGUACAAUGCGGGUCACGAGAUUGCCCUGCACUCGGUGACCCAUGGCGACGGCACCGAUUAUUGGCGCGAAGCGGAUGUUGAGACUAUUGAACGUGAGUUCGGAGCCCAGCUGCAGAUGCUGGAGACGUUUGCCAAGGUGAAUGCGAAGCGUGUACAGGGCAUCCGGCUGCCCUUCCUGCAGAUCUCCGGCAACAACUCCUUUGAGGCAGUCAAGAAUCUGGGUCUGACCUAUGACAGCUCCUGGCCGACGCAACAGCACAAGGAACCGGCUAUGUGGCCCUACACCUUGGACUACCUGUCCAUACAGGACUGUCAGAUUGGACCAUGUCCGGAUGCUGCGCUGCCCGGCGUUUGGGUGAAUCCCAUGGUUACAUGGACGGACACUGAGGGCUACAGCUGCUCCAUGAUCGAUGCCUGCGCCUAUCCGCCCGCUGACGAUGUGGAUGCAUUGUUCGAGUGGAUGCUGGAGAACUUUAAUCGCCACUACAAGGGCAACCGGGCGCCAUUCGGCAUGUAUCUGCAUGCAGCUUGGUUUGCACGGGGCCGCAACUACUUUGCUGCCUUCAAGAAAUUCAUGCAUCAUUUGUCAACCUAUCCGGACGUGUACAUGACGGGCGUAUCGCGCAUGUUGGAGUAUGUGAAAAAGCCGGUGCUGGGUCAGCCCUUCAAGAGCUGCGAGAAGAAGCCCAACACCAGUUGCCAGCCGGUGCACUGCAAUGUCCAGAAGUUGUCAACGGGCGAGACGCGCUACAUGAGCGUCUGCGAUAAGUGCCCAAUUGUCUAUCCCUGGUUGGACAAUCCAUUGGGCCAGGAUAUGUAAAUGUUGCACACCCAAUAA